CUGGUCAUUUUUAGGCAUAUCCAGCGUGCCCGUCUGGUCACACUGAAUACAACCAUUUUUUUGGCGUGUGUAGAAGGGAAGCCGCGGCGAAAAAUUUUGCAUUAAACCCUAAAAAGAGCUGCUAAACGCACGCCGGCAUUAUUUUCUGACUCUUGUCAAGCGCUCAGAAACCGAACGAAAAAAACAUGUCUGACGAAAAGAAAGGGGGAGAGACCGAGCAUAUUAAUUUAAAAGUGCUAGGACAGGAUAACGCCGUUGUCCAAUUUAAGAUUAAAAAACACACUCCGCUACGCAAGUUGAUGAACGCAUACUGUGACCGGGCUGGUCUGUCCAUGCAGGUUGUACGUUUCCGCUUUGACGGCCAGCCUAUAAACGAGAAUGAUACCCCCACUUCGCUGGAGAUGGAGGAAGGCGAUACCAUCGAAGUUUACCAACAACAGACCGGCGGCUUCUAUUAAACCCAUUAGUUAAGAUAGUUUUCAUUUCACAAAACAAACAACAACAAACCACAAGCAGUAAACAUAAAAUAAAGAAGAAACAUGAGCAGAUGAGCUCGAUACACAAAACAUAACAACACAGAUGAAAAUGUAUGCUAUACAGAAAAUAAAAUAAAACUUUUAUAAUACUAUGUAAA